AUGGAGGCGGUGGAGGAGAACAAGAUUAAGAGACAUUGUCCAAAUCUAAUAGGCCAUGAUCGGCUGUUUCAGAUAGAAUAUGUUUUGAUUAAUGUUCUUUCGUGGCUACCCGUGAAGACCCUCUUGAGAUUCAAGGGCGUAUGUAAACAGUGGCGUAAUCUGAUCUCUGAUGAUCCUUAUUUCAUUCAUCUCCACUCUCAGCAAUCCAAAUCCAAACAACCUCUUCUCUUAUUCUCAUCAAUUCCAGCCGAUUCAAGGGGCUCCAAUUUCUUAAAAUCCAUGGACAGAGAAAAGAAUCCAAUAAGCAGAUUUGAGGUCAAGUUUGAGAAUAGUUUCACCAAUCUGUUACCUACUCGUUUCGAUCUAGUUUGCAUUAAGGACGAUCAGAUUGUACAUAUUUGUAAUCCAAGUACACAUGAAUACAUAACAUUACCAAAAUCUCAUGUUCACCAUGAUUACAGUGUUGUGGGUUUCGGCUAUGUUCAAUCAACUGACGAGUAUAAAGUAGUUCGUUUGAUUAGCCCUGAUUAUAGCAUUAUAGAAGAGGGAUCCAUUGUCGAGGUGUCUUCAUUCAAGACGAAAUGUCAAGUCUUUACCUUGGGAAUGGAAAGAAGGGGCUCUAGUUCUUGCUCUUCUUCUACUUCUUCUUCUUGGGCUUGGAGAGACGUGGUGGAUUCUCCAUUUGAUGUCAGCAAUUCAAGUCCUCCAGCUUUUGUUAACGGAGCCAUCCACUGGCUGGUCAUGUAUGAUAUUCUAUUGGACACUGAUUACUACAAUGGGGAUUUGAUUGACUCUAAUAAUACAAUAAUCGCGUUUGAUGUCGAGAGCGAAGAAUUCAGAGUAGUCCCACAUCCUGAAGGUUGUCCUGAUCUUAGGUCUUUCGAUUCUUCUGUACACCAAUUGGUGGAGUUGAGAGGCUUGCUAUGUCUGUCAUGUGCAAUAGAUUCCAAAAUGGACAUAUGGAUGUUAAAAGACUACUGCUAUGAGAGUGGUAAUGAUCAUAUCGUUGGUACAUGGAUGAAAGAAUACAGUAUUGAUCUUAACGUCUUGCACCGUAGCUACCGAUUAGGGGACAACCCUUUUCGCUAUUAUGCACCUAGAGACAUAGAGGACACAGAGGUGCUAAUUGAGACACAUAUGAAAGGUUUAGGUUAUUACCAUCUCCAAAGCAAAAGGUUCAAGGGAUUUAUACAUAGUAGUAGACAAAUGCCACGUCUACGGUUCAGUUUCUAUGUGGAGAGUUUGCGCUCACUAAAACAAACAAUUAGCACAGGCAUUGCAGUAGUCUCAAAUUUCUCAAUUCUUAAUUAUUCUGUUACUUCAUCUGGAAAACAUGAAGCACAAGCAGAAGCAAAAGCAAAAGCGGAAAGCUACUCUCUGACUAUAAUUAACCCAUAG